CACACACACACACACACACCGGAGGUGACACACACACACACACACCGGAGUUUAUCUUAAGUGUGUUAUCUAAUAUCUAUAUGUAACUCUCAUGACACGUAACGGAACUCUUUGUAGGUGGCAUUCGCGUCGGCAGCACUGUAGUCCAACACUUUGUGUGUUAUAUAAUUCCACUUUUAGAUUGUUCUUGGUUGUGUUUUUAAUCCUUGCAAUGAUGAAGCGUGCAGCAGUUGCCACACAGGCCCCUUGCUUCCCAGCUUAUGUACACCAGGAGAAUGUCACUGCCCUUGCUGCCAGUCAGAAUAACUUUACUCGUGAUAUAUAUAUGAAACUGGCCCAGAAAAGCUCUGGAAAUUUGUUCUUCUCACCCUUCAGUAUUAUGACUGCCCUGGGAAUGACCUAUGCUGGGGCAGAUGGUAAUACUGAGAAAGAGAUGCAGUCUGUAAUGCAUUUGUCCCAGGAUAAUGAAGCAAUCCAUAAUGCUUUUCAAGAUAUUGUUACAGAUCUGAAGACUGAAGUAGCUCACUAUGAACUCAGGACCUCCAAUAUGGCAUAUGUUUCUGACAAGAUGUCUGUGCUGAGUAACUUUUCCAACAUCCUGAAGGAAAAAUACCUCAGCUCCUCGAAGAAUGUAAACUUUGCCAAAGGAGAAGAAGUACGGCAAGAGAUAAACACGGUUGUGAAAAAAGAAACCAACUCCCGCAUCGAGGAUCUUAUCCCGGCUGGGAUUUUAAAUGCAUUGACAAGAAUGGUGUUGGUCAAUGCAGUUUACUUUAAGGGACUGUGGGAGCAUCAGUUUAAGGAAUCAGAAACAAAGGACCAAGAGUUUUGGUUGUCAGGUAGUGAGAGCACCAAGGUGCCAAUGAUGCACAUCAAGGAUCAUUUUCGUAUGUUGCACAACAAAGACCUUGGAGCAACACUUCUGGCAAUGGACUAUAAGGGGUCAAGAUUGAGUAUGGUGUUUGUGCUGCCUGAAAAGCGUGAUGGAUUAGUAGAGGUUGAAGCCAAACUGGCUGCAGCAGAUUUGAAUGAAAUUGACAAGAAGCUAAUGAAAGAGGAGGUGCAUGUAUACAUACCAAAAUUCAAGCUGGAGGAAUCUUUAGAUCUGGUUGAUCACUUGAGUGAGAUGGGUAUGAAGGACCUGUUUGAUGAAAACAGUUGUGACUUGUCUGGAAUAACAGGCACCAAAGAGUUGUAUGUUUCUAAUGUAAUUCACAAGGCUUUCCUGGAGGUCAAUGAGCAGGGAAGUGAAGCUGCUGCAGCUACAGGUAUGAUUAUGAUGGCCAGAUGUUUACGUAUCCCUGUCGAAUUUAUUGCUGACCAUCCAUUCUUGUUCUACAUACGAGAUCAACAAUCCGGACUAAUUCUGUUUGCUGGCAGAUUUGUUUUGCCAGAAUCUGUCGUCUCUAAAGAUGAACUUUGAAGAUAUUCCAUUUGUCUUAUAUUAUACUCACAGCUUUAUGUAUGUCUACUACGUACUGUAUAAUAGUGCUACUACAGUAUAAUGCACUGGUGGUGGAAGGGUAAUUCAUUAAGUCUCAUAAAUAUUUUUUCUAAUUCUAGAUACAAUAUUAAAUAAGAUUUAAAAAAUGAAUUAUAUAAAGAGACCCUUGAGCUUUUAUUGUGGUUGUGGCGUGUAGUGUUGCUAAAAACAUGAUUUAUUUCAGUUUUCUUAUACAAUACCACCCAGGAUUUUUGUCAGUAAGCUUUUCCCUGAAGACACUGUAAAAUUCUAGAUGCGUGAUCUAUCAUGGCUUAAAUGUAGUUAUCAAAGAAUAGAUGGCAUGGGCUAAAAAAAUGUGUUUCUUAAACAACAUUCAGGUCAUCAAUGAGAAUUAACUCAUGUAUCAUAUUAAAAGUCUCAUCUUGGAUUUUUUAGCACAACAGUUAUAAAUAAAUCAGAGCUUUCACUUUUUAGCUUUCAUGUAAGUGAAACUUUCUUUGUUGAGCAAAGAUGGCAUAAAUUUAACAUUAACUAUACAAUACAUACUAUUUUACAUUUUUGAUCUUCAGGCUGAUUCAUCUCAAAAUUUAUGAUUUCUUAGUUUUAUAAAUUGCAUACCGGGUAGGUGUAUGACAGUUCAGAGAGGUGAUGAACAAUUUCUAGUCUUAAAAAUAUUUGUCAUGUGGUUCCAGUUUGGUUGCAAUAAAAACUUGGUAAAUAC